AUGAGUUUCGAUACUGAGAGAUUCAUCGUAGAAAUUCAGAAUCGUCCCUGUUUAUGGGAUGCCUCGUUAUCUGAGUAUUCUGAUCGUAAUAUGAAAAUUAAAUGUUGGGAAGAAAUAGUAGAUACCUUUAAAGAACAAGAUAAUAUUACGGUUCAAGAAAAACAACAUUUCGCUGAAUCGUUGCAGAAAAGGUGGAAAAGUAUCAGAGGUUGCUACACAAGAGAAGUUAAUCGGAAAAAAUCUGUAAAGUCUGGGUCUGGCUGCAGCGGAUCACGAAAAAGUGAAUACAUUUAUUAUAAACAAUUACAAUUUCUUCAAAACGUUAUUGCUAUAAGAGCGCCAGAUCCGACUUCGGCCACUGCAGACCUUCCAAACUCUGAGGAUAAUCCUGAGCAUGUCACACAAGAAAUCAGACAAAUACACGGUCGAAAGAAGCAGAAAACAAAAGAAAACACUGAAGAUGAUAAGUUCAUCGCAGUUCUUAAUAAAUCUAAAAGGGAAAAAUGUGAGAAAGGGAAUCAAGACGAAGACAAGCUUUUUCUCUUGUCAUUAGUUGGAACAUUAAAAAAAGUUCCACCAAACAGAAAAAUGGCAACAAAAAUUAAAAUUAUGACAAUUCUCAAUGAAGAAACCUGCAAUGAACAAACUCAGAAUACUCGUGAUGAAUGGUCAUCACCGCCACCAGAUCGGCCAUCUUGA